AUGAAAAAGUGCCUGUGUCCAGGUCGUCUGCCGUAUCUGGGCCACCAUUCUUCCCCGUUACAUCACCCAGCUAUCUCCGCUCGUCGUUUACUGAGACCUUCGCUCUGUCGAGGAAUCCCGAGCUGGAGAACCUCCCCGGGCCGGCGACAAUGGAGUCGCCAGUUCUCCGCCGGGUCCCCGGCCCUCGCCGACCGCUUGUCGCUGCGCCGAUACUUUCGAGGUGAAUUGUCGAAUUGUCCGGUCGUGGGAUCACGGCAGAAAGACCCCAAUGCAUGGAUUCCGCUUCUGGAGAAACAUCUCCCUCCGUCGUUGCGGAAUAACCCCGAAGACGCCGUCGCCGUAGAACCUGAGUCGGACACACUCGGGGAGAAACACGCACAGGGGUAUGAACUGGCUACACUUUUAUAUCAAGCGAGAAAUAGUGCAAAUCUGGAUCUUCUCGCCCAUCUCGGUUUCCGGUUGAAUAGAUGGCCUGCUGUACAUGCACUCUUCAGCCAGUUACUGGAUGCCGCAGAGGCUCUCCACAAAGAGUCCGUAUCUGUUCGCCCUCCUUCAAGCCUUGAUUGGGGCCUGAAGUCGGGUAUUUCUCUUGAUGCGCUCACCCGUGCUCCUACUGAGCCUGGGGCUGUCGAAGUCACACGGAAUUCGCAGAGCCUAUGUUUUGAUGAAUUGACAGAGCGGCCUUUUGCUGGAGACCUUGCGUUGCGCUUCAUGGCAGAAGUAUGGCAGAGUCUUGGGUCCAUUGUUUUGGAAGCAUCAGAGUUGUCACCAAAUGAGUCGAAGCUGGCCAUGUCUUAUGUCUUUCAGCUUCUAGCUCGUUUGCAUCAUUCGGGAGCCAUCUCAGACAAAGUUUACCAAUACGCUCCUCCAGAUAGCGUCGAGGCACCAUUUCGUCCUCCGGGUAUGCAUUUACUGUCAAUCCACAUAAUGAGCGUCCUGUCCGACGCGGCUUGGCUGGUACAUGAGGCCGAAGUUGCUGCCAAAGCUGCUGCUGCGGGUGAGGAAUCUCCAUAUGUCCCCUUGAAAAUGGGUGUGCGAGAACUGGGCCCAGAAAUCUGGCUGGAACUUAUCCUCUGGUGCUGUAUUGAGCAUGGACAUGUCAGAGAAGGGCUAUGGCUAUUAGAGCGAAUGAAGGAGCGGACAGGUGACUUGACAUGGAAUUUUCAAAGCUGGAGGCCUCUGCUUAAACACCCUGAGCUUGUACGGAAAACAAACAUAGACUUGGAGGAAGUCUGGCGUCGCCCUGAUCAUGCCACGACCGACACAUCACCAAAAAAGCGCAAUUCUCCUUCUCCUUUCCACGGACUGGGGAAGCGAAUGAUCAGUGUCGAAGUCGCUGCUUCGCUACGGGAUAGCCUUGUAAACUUGGUUUAUCUGGGACUAGGCUUUCGCGGGCUUUCUCCAACUGCUCUUCUGCAACAUGUUUCUCGUCUUGACUCUCUCAUGGCACCUACCAGCGUGAAUAAUGAAAAGUUUCAACCAACAACCAAAGCAUCUAAUUCAUUUACCGCCCGUGUCAUUCAAUCAGGAGGCUUAGACCCUGAGGUGGACCCGCAAGCAUUCGAACGACUACUUCGUUUCCACCCCCAUGUCGUACCGCCUUGGGAUGCAGACUUGCCUAUCGUUCAAGAGGAUCUGGAACAGACAACGCCUAUACAACUUUACCAUGAGACAUCCGCCUUGGCUGGCCUGAUCGAAUACAACAUCCGCUUCUAUUCCUCUCAGCGGCAAUCCGGGGCUGCCUUCGACACACUUGCCUGGCUACAAGAGGUGGUUGAUUCGAGCAAGUUGCAGCGGAUCAAUCAGUUCUUCCAGCAUUUGAACAGUUCUCAUAAAGAUGAUCAACCAUCUUUUGACUUCCGUGAAUCUGUUUCCAGCAGGUUCUUUGAGUCUUCACUGCCACAACUGUCCAGUGUCACCUUUGCAGAAUUGCUUGACCUAGCCACUGCAUCACGAGCGUUUCCAUUUGGUGAAUGGUUGCUUUUCUCUAAUGACGUGGACGGUCCCCCCAUUCAUCCCGAUUCCUAUGGGAACCAAGCUCUAGCACCAUCCAUUCUCCGAUUUGCAGUUGCCACGAAAAACACCCCCCUCUGCAACCGAGUAAUCGCGUCUCUUUCCCAGCCCCUGUCCUCGAACACUUUGCGGGCGUUGCUGAACUUCCGAAUCGUCAUGGGCGAUUGGGAUCGAGUGGUCAUGAUGCUCAAUUACCUCCGCGACUACCGGUUGAAGUCAUGGAGUCACAGUAAUGUCACCACCCUGGCAGGUGCCAUUCUCAGAAUGGACCGGGCCCUUCAGCGUGAAUCCGAUCCAGCCAAUGUAGAGAGGAGGGAAAAAUCCUUAGCCCAAGCAAAGGACAUCCUUCUCCGAAUCUUCAACGGCGAAUUCAGCGAGCUGUCCUCCCGCAUGUCUGGAAACAAGUUCCAACAACACGCGCUCCUCGGCCUCCACCGCAUCUUCAUGUCCAUUCCCGGCCCUCUCCGCGAUCUCGCCCAGCAAGUCAACCUCACCUACAAACCCACCACCUCCCACAAUGCAGUCCCCUACAUCCCCACCAUCUCCUUCCACAACCUCCUUUCCGCCGUCGUCGACGUCCACGGCAGCGCCGCUGGCAAAAAGAUGUGGCAACGCUGGUGUCUCGAUCCUAUGUCUCCCGCAGGCCGUCGCCUCCACGAAGGCGGCGUGUCCCGAUUAUACCUAUUCAAAGAACGAGACCCUAAACGCGGCGACCCACACUUCGACGCAGCAUGGUUCAAACAACUCCGCAAGCGAGCCACCAUCCCCAACCUCAACACCGUCCGCAUCAUCGCCCAAACAGCCGUGAAGGAAUAUAAUCAAGACCAGGCCCGGAAACUCACCGAUCCGAAAUCCAAAGUGUUGACUUUCUGCGUCCAGCAGUUCAAGACCCUUCGUCUUCCAGACGAGGAGAUUGAGCGUGAAACGCAGGGGCAUUUGAGUCGGAUGAAGACGGAGGGGUUGUUGAACCGGAGGUUAUGGAAGAAGGGUAUUGUCGCUUGA